AUGGAUCCCUUUGCAAAACUCCCAACGGAAAUCAUUUUGCUGAUUCUCGAGUCUUGUUGUGACUUUGCCAGCUUAGACGGUCUACAAAAGAUAUCUUCCCGAGCAGAGCAAGUAUUCAAUAUCUCCUUGUCGGGGGGUGCCUUGCAGUCUGCUUCUGUUUCCAGCAUCAACUCAUUAGCUGCGGCGCGCCAGGCUGUGACUACAGCGGCAAAGGUCCAUCAUACUUCCUGCGCUUGUCUCCAGCAUCUCGUCAAUCGUCUCGAGUCCGCAAAGCCCCACCGUCCAAUUGCCCCUGCAGCCGACCUUACAGAGCGGAUGCAUGGAAGACUUCCAGAAAGCCAUGGUGAAACAUCACUACUUGCGAUAUAUCCACCAUCAUGGAUUGAGUCUUAUCGGACGCAUCGCGGCCUCUGGAAUCUAGAGCUCUUCCGCCACAUCUAUAAUGCCGCACCAACACGCUGGUCAUGGUCUACGCAUGAUCUAGAUUUCUUCACUGAACAAUAUGUGGAAUGGUGUCGGCUUGAGUGGGGACUGGAUGGAAUUCAGACAAUCUCAGAGUGCGUGGUCGAUCUAUGUUUCACUGCACCAACUACUCUCAGUCAUCGAUUUUUAUUCCUUAUUGCCAUUCCGUCGCCAACAAAUUUAGCGCUACGAGCAUGCUGGUCUUUACCAGUAGUUCCCACUGAUACUCAAGUUGGUUCCACGUGGGGUCGAUGUCGGUCUACAGCUGAGGGCAGAAGUAAUGUUCUUCAUUCUUACAGUGGUGGAAAACAGGGUCCUCAUAACCCUCUCUGGAAAUUAGAUUUCCGAGAAUUUCGACGACUUGGUAUCCCUCUUUGGGACGGGUGGCGAGUAUAG